GGUUUUCAGCUAUGGGACGACGAAAGGAUGAAAUUUUUUCAAAAAAAAACUAAAGAAUUUCAACAUAUUUUGAAUGAGAGGUUAGCUCAGGCACGGCAAUGGAAAGCAGAUAUGAUAAGGUGGGCUGAACAGAGUGAAAUAGCGCCAUCUUCGGAGCAGGAGCAGUUUUUUAUUGCUGUUGAUCUUGAUAACUCAAAAACUGUUCUUGACAAGACUUUUAUGGAAGAGUUCAGGGAAACACAUGAACUUUGGCUAGAACAAGCCUACUUUGAUUAUAAUGAGGCUGUUAUUAAACUUGGUGAGUUGUGGGAUAUGUGUCAUAUUCCUGAUGGUGACCGCCAAUUUCUACGAAAGCAUAUUAAGAAUCAACUUGUGCUUAUUUUCAAUGAUUUGAAGAAGGAAAAUAAUUUGUAUAAUAAAGAUCAUCCCGGUGAGCCAAUUUUAUUAGAUGGUUUUGAACCUCCUGAGUAUGUACAGUGGAUUAUGAAAGAGUAUAAGGAGCGGAAGGGGACAAGACGUGAAAAAAAGGUGAUUUAUAUUGCGUUCUAA